UAUAUGAAAGAUGAGAUUCCUAGUUGCAUGUUGAAGUUCCCAAUGGACUCGUCUUCCUUUAAGCCCUCCACUUUGUUCGACUUAUUUGAUCUCUUCUCUGCAGCUACCACCCCUCCGCCCCUGCCGCCCUCCUCCUCCUCCUCCGACCGCCUUCUUAAUAUUCCUUCAACUCCUAAUUCCUCCUCCCUCUCUUCCUCCUCCGACGCCGGUGACCUGGAUCCUUUCAACCAACACAAGUUGAAACCCAAAAUCAAGAACGAGAAAAGGGCUACACAACCCAGAUUUGCGUUCAUGACCAAGACCGAAAUGGAUCAUCUGGACGACGGUUACAGGUGGCGGAAGUACGGUCAGAAAGCCGUUAAAAACAGCCCUUACCCAAGAAGCUAUUACCGCUGCACCACCGCCGGCUGCGGCGUCAAAAAGCGAGUCGAACGAUCCUCCCAUGACCCUUCCGUCGUCGUCACCACUUACGAAGGUCAACACAAUCAUCAAAGCCCCAUCUUGCCACGUGGAUCCCUCUCAGCAUCAAUUUCCACCUCCGCCGCCCUCCAUCCACCGCCCCUUCUUUUCCAACACCAACAAUACACCUACACCUACACUCCGCCAACGCCACCGCCGCCGCCUAUGGAGCUUGUCACGUGCGGAGGAUUCGAACCGAUGUUCCAGUGUUUCGGAGAAGAACGGCGUCGUAUUGGUGGAUCCUCUCCUAGUUCUGCUUCGUUCAAAGACCAUGGGCUUCUGCAAGAUAUGAUCGUACCCUCCUCCUCCUCCUCCUCCUCCUCCGUACACAUCCCCAAAGAAGAGUAAAAAUAAAUAACUUUUUUUCCGUCUUCUUAUAUUUUAAAAAUUCAUGAGCUUUUCUUUCAUCAUUCACACAAUCCCCAUCACUGUAUAAUAUUAUAUAAUUAAAUUAAGUAGCUUUAUUUAUUUA